UCCGCCGUGCACGAGCAGCCCUGUUUGUUUGUGUUGAGAGAUUGGAAAUGGCGGAGAGCAGAGAGCAGAGCGAUAACUUGGCUUAGCAAACGCAACUGCACCGCCACGCACAAACCCGCGAGCCCGAUCCACGGAAUCUCCCGCCACUCGCUGCUGCCCACCGGACUCGCGCGGCGCCCACGGACGGCGUGGAAAACGGAUAUUUGGAGCGAGAUUUAGCGAAAGCUCGGUUAGUUGGCUGAGCUAACCGAGCUAGCAGCCUGGCUAACUUCACGUCGUGUGUGAUUUCGACCACGCAGGCUUGUUUGUCAACAAAAGCUGACGUUAGAUUGACAGCGAGCCAGCUUACAUACAACUUAAGGAAAGUUUCCAGAUUAACCCACGCGUGUUUUUGACAUGUUCGCGACGCUUGGCCGCAGUAUUAUCAAGCUAAAGUAGGAGAGGAUAAAAAAGUGAGACAGCUGAGUGAGUAUCCUUGCUGCGACCAGGCAGGAGGUUAAGCUGGUUAGCCAAGUUAGCCAACUGGCUUUGGUUUAAGCUGGGAAAGAACCAACGGAACCGGACGGAUCCAAGCCGAACUGGAGCCCGAACAGAGGCCGGCUGGCUUCUCCCUGCACCAGGGAUGGUGCCAUGUGACAGUAUGGCGGGGGAGCCCUAACCUCGCCACCGGCGCUCCAUCACCUCGACUUUAAGCCGUUCGCCCUCCAGUGACCCCACCUGCAGAGUUAACCCCUUUUAUCUGUGGAGAGAGCCCAGAAGAAGGCCCCCAAAGCCACCACAUGACUCAUUCACUGGAGCCCUAGACCAAAUCAGUCUAAGCUGAAAAUGAGUGCAGUUGGGGAAAGCCCCCUGGACCCUGCCACACCAGAGUCACGCAAGAGGAAGGGCUCGCCAUGCGACACAUCGGGGCAAAGUGUGGAGAAGCGGAGGCGGGAGUUGGAGUGCCGCUACAUCGAGGAUCUGGCUGAGCUGGUGUCGUCCAACAUGGGCGACAUUGCCAGUGUGAGCGCCAAGCCGGACAAGUGCCACAUCCUGAGGAGCACCGUGGACCAAAUCCAGCAGUUAAAACGGCGGGAGCAGGAGAAAGCAGCUCUUCUGUCUCCAGACGACGACGUGCAGAAGAGCGACGUCUCCUCUAGCAGUCAGGGUCUGGUGGAGAAAGAGGCGCUGGGGCCGAUGCUGCUGGAGGCCCUGGACGGAUUCUUCUUUGUGGUCAAUUGCGAAGGCCGCAUCGUCUUCGUUUCUGAGAACGUGAUCGGUUACCUUGGAUACACCCAGGAGGAGCUGAUAAACUCGAGCGUCUACACCAUCCUCCACGUGGGAGAUCACAAUGAAUUUGUCCGCAAUCUGCUGCCUAAAAGCCUCGUGAACAGCACGCCGUGGCCGCAGGAAGCCGGCCGCAGGAGCAGCCACACCUUUAACUGUCGCAUGCUGAAGCGGCCGCCGGACGAGGCGGACGCCGAGAACCAGGAGGCGCGGCAGCAGUAUGAGAUCAUGCAGUGCUUCACCGUGUCGCAUCCGCGGCCCGUCCAGGAGGACGGAGACGACUUGCAAAGCUGCCUGAUCUGCAUCGCCUGUCGCAUUCCACGCACCGAGUCUUUUAUUACAAAGCAGGACCCGACAGGGAAGAUCAUCUCCAUAGAAACCAGCGCUCUGCGAGCAACAGGCCGGCCUGGCUGGGAGGACCUGGUCAGGAAGUGCAUCUACGCGUUUUUUCAGCCGCAGGGCAAGGAGCCCUCGCAUGCCAAGAAGCUGCUGCAUGAAGUGAUGGCGCACGGCACCGCCGUCAGCCCUCUGUACCGAUUCACGCUGAGUGACGGGACACGGCUCAGCGCUCAGACUCGCUGCAAGUUCUGCUGCCCACCAAAACCCGACGUUCAGCCCUUCAUCAUGGGCAUCCACACUAUUGACAGGGAACACAACACUGCUAGCUCUCAGGAAAACACUAACCCCAGCCUUCCUCUGACCCCCAGCAGUAUUGCUCACACCCCGUCCCGCUCCCCUUCGCUCCCCCCCGGCAGUAACUCAAACCAAGGCUCUGUCCUUCACGCCAACAACAGCGGACUCAACCCCUCCACACCAACAGGCUACCUGACGCCCAACCGGACGAACUGCCCCCAGGAGGUCAGCAGUCCCUCGGCUCUCAGCAGCCCUCACACAGCCACCUCUACCUCGUUUAUAUCGCCCAGGAUGCCGCGAGCCAGUCCUGGGUUGGGGGGAAGCCCUCAGGUCCCGGGGAACCCAUUCUCCCCCUCCACGCCGGGGCUCCAGUCCCCAUCCGGGGCGCUGAGCGGCGGUGGGUCGGCAGGGUCUUUCCCCCUGUCGUCUCCUGGACUUCAGAGACAAGCCAGUAUGCCCACUGGCUCCUCCACUCGCCCGCUAUCAGCAAAGCCCCAAAAGGGAGCGGGAGAGGACUCGAAUAAAGCCCCCCUUCCAUCUGCCUCACCGCCGAGACUCAACCAGCCCCUGGACAGCAGUGUCACAGGAGCCGAAUCCAACAACAACAAAAACUCAUCACCUCAUCCUCCUCACCCCUCCCUGGGUCCUCAGUGCCCCGCUUCCCACAGCAGUCUGACGGAGCGGCACAAGAUCCUGCACCGGCUGCUCCAGGACAGCAGUCCCAACGACGCCGCCGCCGCAGAGGACGGAGGGAAUAAAAAUGAAGUUGAGAUCAAGAAGGAGCCGCCGGUCAGUCCGGCGCUGAGCACAGCGUCCCACAAGUCCAACUCCAGAGAGCCGCAGGACCACCAGUUACUGCGAUUUCUCCUGGAUAUGGACGAAAAGGACUUGGGCGAGCUUCCGCCUCCGUCAGCCCUGAGCCUCCAGACGGUCCGGGUGAAGGUGGAGAAGAGAGCCAGCGGCGACGGCCUCCCCUGCUCGGGUCCGUCCGUCCCGGCCGGCGGGACGCCCAAACCACCAGGCGUCCCUGUUGGCUCGGCGGGCGUCAGCCCCAAGUCCAGUCCUCUGGGAGAGAACUGCAGAGACUCCACGUUAUCUGUUGGACCUGCCGAUCCGGACGCGCUCAGCCAGCUUCUGCCCGGCCUCAGAGGUCCGCUCGGAGCCAAGCAGGGUGGCGAGGAGUCGGCGAAUCCCGGCGGAGGCGCAGAGCUCCACUCUCCCUCCACGCAGCUCCCAGCUCCGCUCCAGUCCCCAGUGCCUCACCUCCAGUCGCCCCUGUCCCAGCCUCAGUCUGUCCCCCAGCUGCAGUCCCCGUCGCCACAGCUGCACUCCCCGUCCCACCAGGUCAAGCUGCAGUCCCCCGCUCACCUGCAGCCCGGUGAGGUUUGCACUCCCCGCAACGUAAAUGUGAAGAGAGAGCCGCCAGGGACUCCCAACAGAGGACUUGCUGAUGGCGUCCCGACCUCAGGCUGCAGCCUCCAGACACAGCCAUCGUUUGAUUUUUGCAACCCUGCCACUCCAAGCCACCAACAGGGAGACCUCUUCCAGACCCCUAAGGAUAGCAGCCCUUUUCCAGAGACCGAAGUCAUCAACCCUUUUGCUCCGAGUACUGGGCCGACAAAGAUGGAUGUGGGAGAUUCCCAGUUCCAGCCUCUGGCUCUGACUGACACUUUGUCUUUUGAUGGACAUGGAGCUCCUUUACAAUCCUCCUUAGCGUCACCACAAGAACAGCGUGUGCCGUGUACGCUGGACGAAGAGCUGGGCCCGCCGACCACGCCUGAAGCCCGAAACGAUGAGAAGGCUCUGAUCGAGCAGCUCGUGUCCUUCCUGAGCGGGACGGACGAGAGCGAACUGGCCGAACUGGACAAGGCCCUGGGGAUCGACAAACUGGUUCAGGGUGGCUGCUUUGACCCUUUCCCCCAAAAUGUCCCACCCCAGCAACCCACUGCCACCCCGGUUUCCAUAGACCCCAAACCGCCCACCUACCCCUCCAAGUUCCCUCUGGCGUCACAGGCUCUAUUUCCUCCAGAGCUGGCUGCGGUGGGGCAGCAGGGCGUAACGUUCGGAGCCCCCCGCGGGGCUUUCCCCCUGGGGCUGAGGCCCGGCAUGACCAGACCGCAGGGAAUCGGCCCCCAGCUCAGGCUGCUGCCCAACCAACUGCGGCUGCAGCUGCAGCAGAGGCUGCAGGGCCCGCAGCAGCUCCAGAACCGGCUGGCAGCCAUGAAUUCAUUCUCAGGAGGAACCCAGCAAGUGAACAUGGGGGUCCGACAGGCGGUCCAGCUACCCCAAAUGUCCUCACAGCAGCCGCCGCUGAAUGCCCAGAUGCUAGCGCAGCGUCAGAGGGAGCUCUACAGCAUCCACCACCGGCAGCAGCAGCAGCAGCUCCUCCAGCACAAGGUCAGGCUCAUGAGACAGAACAUGGUGGCGGGCGCGCCGGCCGGGGGCCCGGGAACCCCCAGGACCCCCAAAGGCUCCCCGACGACGUCUCAGCAGCAGUUCAGCUUCCCGCCGGGGUUUGCCCCAAUGGCGGGCAGCACCCCUACCUCACCGAGUCACUUCAGCUCCAAACCCGGGGCCCCGCUGGACACCAAGAAGUCCGCCAGGGGGCCCCUGAGCAACCAGGCGCUGCUGGGUGGCUUACAGGGCCAGUUUGACGGCGCCGGCAACCCGAUGAUGCAGCAAGGGCUGUUUCAGCAGUUUGGAGGGUCUGCUGCAGUGCAACAAGACCCCCCAUUUCCUCCUGAGAUGAGCCCCACAAGUCCAUUGUUAUCACCUCAGAACUCCACCUCCCAGAGUCCCCUGCUUCAGCAGGCACCAACUCCUGGCUACCAGUCACCAGACAUGAAGAGCUGGCAGCAGACAGGCCUGGGCGGCCUGUUCAGUCAGUCAGGACAGAGUGCAGGGCAGGCGUUUGGCCAGCAGGGGGUGUACAACAACAUGAGCAUCACAGUCUCCAUGGCUGGAGGCUCAGGCGACGUCAGCUCUUUACCUCCCAUGGGACAGGCGGUUGGAAUGAGCAACAGUAACCUCAACAACGUCAGCGCAGUGUGCAGCGACCAGCAGGUGCAGCAGGUCCAGGUGUUUGCUGACGUCCAGUGCACGGUGAACCUCGUCGGGAGCGACUCCUACCUGAACCAGGGCUCGAUGGGGGCUGCGGCUCCCCAGAAGGGCCCAGUUCCCCAGGGCUCGCAGACCUCCCAGGCCCAGCAGAAGAGCCUCCUGCAGCAGCUCCUCACUGAGUGACGCCUGCCCCAUCCCGUCGCCUCUCCUGCUCCCUCCCACUGUUUUCUACCGCCGCCGAUGCUUUGGAGGCCGGCGCAUCAGACCCAUCGCUGUCUCUGUCUCACCUUUCGGACCGGAUGGAGUCGGCGGGUGUCGGUGGAGGGGCCUGGUCACUUCACCGGGUCAGAACUUAAAGGAGCAGCGGUGUUAUUUAAACCUGCCUGUCUAAUCUGUCUGACAACCUGUCUGUCUGCCUCAGCCUAUUAAAGGCAGGGUUGUCUUGCUGCUCAUUUCUCUGUGACCUACUUCCUGCUUCCUGACCCAAGACAAAACAACUGCGUCGUCAUUGUAGAUUUGCCAGGGUUUCGUCACUGUCGAAUCAGGGCCGACCUCCUCUUUCUUUCUUCUUUGCUUUCUUCCUUUCUUUCUUGUUUUUUCUGUCUUGAUGACGGGAACGCCCGCAACAUCCGCAGCACCUUUGGCUUUUUAUUCCUUUGUUUGUGUCGUUUCUGUUCGUCUCUUUCUCUCUCAGCGAUGUGGGAAUGUUAAGGUUUCAGACCUCAGCGGCAUUGUGGGAUAGAAGCUCAGUAUCAGCUGGUUCUGGGACUGGUCCUCUCUAUCUGCUGCAGUGCCUGGUGGAAGUGCGAGUUUCUCCCAAGCUCUGCUUCUUCUUUUUUUUUUUCUAUUCUGGUUUUAUUUUUUAUGUUUUGGGUUGUUUAAAAAAAAAAGUCUGCUCUCUCUCAGUCAUUAUCUUCGUCAUUACGACCUCCAGAACAAGCUUUGACACCAACCGGGACGGACAGAUGAGUGGGAGUCAGAGGGGAUGCUGCUCAGUUUUGAAUUUAGAUGUCUUUCUUUAUUUUUUAUUUCUGUCAGAGUAUAAAAACAGACUGUUAUGAUUAUUUAACUGUUUUGUCUGUCACAUUUAGCCUCACCUCAGCAGAUGUGAAUCCAGAAGCCCGGCAGGGUUCUUCCUCUCCUCCUCUCGUUCUCUUUCACGGUUCCUCUCAGCCUAUCAGUGUUGUUUGCCACGUGCAUCAUGCAGGCGGGUAAUAUUUGUACAUUACAGAAGGACAAAGACUAACUGCUUUCCUUUUGAGAUAAAAAACAAUUGUAAUUAAUUGAAUACUCAGAAAAAGAAAAAUGUAUAAUUUGAUUCGAUCCAUUUAUUUUUGUUUGUUUUUAUUAGAUUUAAAUAAGUUCUAAUGAUGUCUCCUCAUUUUUUAAAUAUUUUUUUUGACAUAUUGUGGCACAGCUACAUGUUGCAGUGGAGGAGGAAGUUAUUCCAGCUUCUAAAAAUGUGAAAUUUUAAGCGAUUUGACUUUGGAAAAAAAUUAGAUAUUUGUGGCUCCCUUUUUUUUUUUUCCAAACAUAAAUAGUUUUAUUUUCCAGGGAGCUAGUUAGCCAUUUUUAUUUUUGCUUUCUUCUGUUUUUGUACAAAGAAACAUCACAUUUGUUUAUAACCAUUGUAUAAAAAUUAUAAUAGCUGAAGUCGCAUCGUUUGCUGCCCUGUGCCGCAGCAAAUGAUGCGCUUUCCGUUAUUGUUCCCAUAUAAAAUGAAAUUUAAGUAGAGGCUUUAGCUUUAGAACUUCCUAACAAAGAUUUGUGAUUGGUGAUUAAUUUAAAGAUGUCAGGAAUUUGAAUUGAGCUUUUUAAACCGUGUUCAUCCAAUGGGAAACUCCUCUCCCUCCGCCUCUGAUGACGUCACUCCGCUGGCUGCUCACAUGUACAGUUUUCUGUUGACUACUGUUGAUCGGUCAUACACUGUCUCUCAAAGUCAUAACAGACACAAGGUUUGAAAAUAAGAAAGAAAAUCCACUUUUUGUCAUAUAAAAACAUCCCUGCUGAGACGUUGCCUUUAAAUAUGUUAAAUUGUUGCAGAAGUAGAAAUUCAUUUUAUACUGAAAUGAAUCUAGAAGCAUCCAGUGGGAAAAUAGUGAAUUACUAUUUCUCUUCCUUCCUGAUGGAUUGGAGGAAAGAGGCGUCACAUUCACUCGAUAAAAAAUAAACUUUCACUCCAAUUCCAACCUAUUUCCGAUUAUAAUUAGGUGAAUUGCGGCUUUUAAACCCUGAAAUAUUAUGCAAAAUGAUCGUAUUUCAAGUCGACAUUCCACUUGUUAACUCCUCCAGUGAUGCUGUGUGAGGCGGAAAUCACUUUGCACUGUUCAUCUGUUUCAAACCAGUCAAAGCAAUUAAAAUCAACCUGAAUCAAACUUUUGAGUUCAGCAAACCAAAAGAAAUGUUCCUGUUUGUGUUCAAAUUUUGACCGUUUUUGGGGACAAAGGCCACAAAUAGACUUAAUAUCGAUCCAUGUUUCACCUCAGAUGUGUUGGCGAACAAUAAAUUGUCUUAGUGGAGAAAUGGUUUUUAGCUAGCUGCGUUUCCAUUUAAUUGCGAAGUUUGAUAUUUUGAAAAAAACAAAAUGUUUUUUGCGCUAGGAUGAAGUUUUUUUUUUCCCUGCCAUAUCAAGAUUUGUUUACUUCGCUAAACUGCAACAGAAAUACUUUUUGCGUCACAUGAGUCACAUGACUAACAACCAGAUAUUGCCACUGAUGGAAACCAUGAAGAAGAAGACAGGAAGUGGUAGGAUGAUGAUGUUUCUGAAUAAUUCAUAUGUGAUUUAAAUUUUGUUUCUUAUUUUAAAAAACAUGGAAACUGCAAAAUUGUGUUUUUUUGACAUUAGUGGAAUAUUUACAAGUUUUGCGUAUAUUUGUAAUGGAAACGCAGCUACUGAUUACCAGACAAAAUAACUUUUUAGAUAAAUUGCAUGUGAUCCCUACUUAAUUUUCCACCCAAUUAAUGCAUUUUUACUAAACACAAAAAUAAACUAAUGGUUUUCCAGAUGUCACCCAGAGAUUAUAUUUUCUGUUUUUUUUAAAGAUUUCAAAAUGUCAGCCCUCAUUUGCAAACAUUUAAAUUCGAGUUCUGAAGUUGAUUUUACUGGCAAAUUGCAGCAAAAUGUUGUUAAAUUUGUGCAGCAGAUCUGAAUACAAAGUGUGUCGUGUUAUUAAACGGCAGAGACAUUUCCCCACACACAGCAUCGCUCCUCUUUCUCUUUCCUGCAUGGAAAAGGCAUUCCCAAAUGGAAACGGUUUCCUCUACAGUCCGGAUAAUAAACCGAGACACUCAGCAGCUUUAACAUGCCAAACACACCCAAAAACAAAAAGGUUAAAUGUUUCGUUAUGCAACAGCCUUUCAGUGCUAAAACAGCGGUCCCUCCUUCCUCACUACAGUUCGCUGGUAUCGGGUUUUUAACAUUUGUCUCAUGAUGUUUAUGUAUAUAACAGAAAUGUGAAUGCAUAUUUGUUCAGAAUCAACAGAAAAAAAAAACUAGCUCCGAGUUUGUGGUAAAUAACUACUCGCCUCUAUCAUGUUUUUAUUUUUCUACCUUCUUAUUUUGUUUUAAAGAUGAUGUAUGUUUGUAUGUGCGUGAGUGUGCGUGUGUGUAAGCGAUUAAUACUGUAUAUUUGGUGUUCUCUGAGAUUGAAACAGACGAAGAUGUCUUGUUCGGUUUCUCUUUUUGACUUUUUCAGAUCCUGCACAGUUACCUGUGAGUGUUUUAUUCAGAUAAACUAUGCCAGAGAAUGGUUUGUUUUUAUUUUUUAAAGCGACUGCUGAAUGUGAUUUUACUGAGAGAAAGAGAGAGAGGGAAAGUGAGAGAGAGAGAGAGAAGCGGUGUGGACUGGCUUUUUGUACGGGUUAAUUUAAAAGAAAAAAGGCCAUAUUAUUUAAUUUUCUCUGUUGACAGAAGGUUUAAGCAGAGUUGGGAGAGUGGAGCCUUGGUUUUCAGGGGAAGCAAUGAAUUUCUGACUGAUCCGUUUGGGUGUUUUUAUCAUUUUCUGCAUCCGUAGUUAAAAAAAAAUGACCAAAGCUUCAACGCGUUUGAUGGAUUUCAUAUGCAAACCUCCUCGUCACUGGACAGCACAUAAUGUAGCGGUUCUUCUUCGUUUCUGGUUCUCCUGCACGCUCGUUUUCGUCUUUUCAGAGUGGCCUAUCAGCGUUGAAACCCUGUGAUGUCCCAAAGUUUGCUCAGUUUAGACUCUGCCAAUGCCGUCUUUUUGAGCCCGAAGUGCUAUCACGUGUUUACAGGAAAAAAAAUAAAAUAAACAUUGCAACCAUUAGCUAUGCACCUUACCUAAACAAGCAUUUCCUCAUUUGUAAUGUAGAAGUUACACUGGAGUGACACUAAGCCAUUCAUUUAAAGAUAAAAACAAACCCAUGCUUGAUGACCUAUCAGCUUUCAGUCUCAUUCUUCAACCGAAUACUUUAUACCAAACUUGAGGUGCCUCGUGUAUAUAUUUGCUGAUUAACAAUAACCUUGUUAAACAGGGUUUUUUCUUUUUAAUGUGAAAAAAAAACAUUUUUACUGUAUAAAUGACUUUUUUUACACAUGUAAAUUAAUCAAAUUAUCCCAGGAACUUGCAAAUACAAUCUAAUUCUGCACUUUAUAUAUCCGGAUCCGAUCGGGGUGAAAAGGCCAUUAAAUCAGAUUAGCAUUCGGAGAUGAAGUGGCUCCUGAAAGUCUACAAAACUCAGAUUAAAUGCAGUUUGACCUUUAGAUCAUGACAAAUUAUUUCAAAACUUUUUUUCCACUCCUGUUGUGUUGUAUUUUUUGUAUUCAUCUGAAAAACAAACAAAAUAUUUAAAAAGUUGUUUUCACAUCCUGAAUCAGUAUUUAGUGUUCUGUUUGUUAGCGUCUUGGGAAGUUUUCUAAGACUCUGAAGUUAAAACAUAUUUUCAUUUAUACUGUGGAAAUUUUUAAUUGCUUUCUUCAUGAAGAACAUAAUUUUUCCAGCGGUGGGUUAACCUGCUAAUGUGUUAACUGCAGAGCUACAAUUUUGUGUAGCACCUUUGCUGUCGAUAUUAGCUUCUGCGAUGGUUCCAAGAUUAUUUAAACUGUCAAUUUCAAUCCACAUAAAUGUCUAAAUUGAACUAUUAAUGUAGGAAGUAAUAAUUGUUCACAGGUAUUACUGGAUUUCAGUUAUUUAUGAGGCUGUUGGCAGAGCUAGUCCUUUGCUAAGCUAACUUUGAAAACAUUUAGCGCACUUAACUUCCCAUAAAUUAAGAAAAUUUAUGUUUGCUUGGCUUUGUUGUAAACUUUCGGUUGAAUAAAUUUUGGCAUCUGUGCUCUAAUUAUCGUGCUCUUAUUUUUAAGUGGUGAAGAUUAACUUUCUUUCUGAACCUUUUCUUUCACUUCACGUUCUAGUCAUGCUUGUUCUGUACCCAUAAUGCAUUGCUGUACCAGUUUAAAGUAUGCUGACCGAAGCCCUGGGCCAAAAUUAGCAACAAAGUUAGCAAUACUCAGCGACUAUGAAACAAUCUUUUCCAAGUAAUCAGUACCUGAAGCGCAACCAUGCGACGUGUGGAACAACUAUUUUUAUCCCGCUGAGAUGGAUAUAAUGUUUGUUUUUUAUUUUUAACUGGUUGAAUUUAGAACGUUAGCCGGAGGCCAUAUUGGAAUCGCGCUUCAGCGUUAGCUCAGCUGACAUAUUGGAUUCGUGGUUUUCACCACUGGAAACUUUCCGUCUUAUUUUGUGCAUUAGCUCCCGCUAUCGUUUAUUUCUGGUUAAUCAGAUUCAUUUAAAAAUUCAUGUCAACUGUCUACAGAAGGAAAGUGAACAAGCUUGUUUGGCCUGUUUGUUCUUCAAUUGAAUGAAGCAGAAAAUUUGUUAAAAUCAUUUUAAAAAGCUCAAUUUUCAGUAGGUUUUGUAGACUUUUGAGAGCCCUUUUAUGGUAAAAAUUGAAGUACAGGUGAACUGGAGCCAUUUUGGGGAAAACAAAAACAAGCUAAAAAUUGUACACAGCAGCUGCUUUCUCUGUGGGUUUAUUGUAAUAACUAUGCUGUUCUUCUUCAGGUGAUAUCCUCUCCCUCCUUUCUGCGCUGUUGAACUCUUAAAAUCCUCCUUUCUGGCUUGAACUCUGAACAUUCCUGCUCCCGGCCGUUUUCUGCAGCAGCGUUCGCUUUCCUCUCUCUCUCUCUGUGUCAGUGGGAAGUGUGAGACCUUACCUCUUACCUGUCCAAACGAUUGUGCACUGAUGUAAACGACAACGCACCACUCGUGUCGCUUGUCUUCUCUGUUUUUGCUUGCGUUUCAUUGGGAGUCCCUGCGGCGUUUUUAUUUUUUAUUUUUUAAAGUUGUUGAACAACCGGGACUUCCUUCCAGCUCAUUCCGAAUGCAGGUUUUCGAAGCUAUUCUCACCACGGCGUCAGUUGUCGAGUACUAUAAGUGCUGCCUUAAGCGAAGGUUUAGUUUUUUUCUCACCACUUUUGUUUCUCUGGGUGGAUGUUUUAAGAGAAGAGACCAAGGUUCCACUUCCUCCCUUGUAAAAAUUAAUAUAAAUAGAUAUAUAAAUAUAUAGACAAAUAUAUAAUAUACAUUUUACUCAUUUCUUUGUCCAAUUUUGUAUAUAAAACUCAUGUAAAGUUUGUUUUUAAAGAGGCAUCAGAGCAGCUAUUAAAAGACAAUAUGAGUGACAGUGUUCACCUGGGAGAAUUUUAUGCAUGUUAUGUUUUCUUUUUCUCUCGGACUCUUUUAAAAAACCCUCAGACCCUCCCGCUCUCUCUCGUUAAGGUGUGUAACGUGAAAAAUAAAAGAAAUGUACCUUUUUCUUUGGGAAUGUUGUAGACAAUCAGUCUCAGGCCGGGUCCAGUCCCAGCAGGGAGUGAGAGCCCUGGAGGCUAUAAGACAAACUAAACUCUCUCUUUUAUUUUAUUUUUUGUUUUGUUUGGUUUGUUUUUUUGUCUACUGGAAGUCCAAACUCGGAGGUUUGUUCAUUCAUAUGUUCAUGGCUGCUCUCAAGUUUACACAGAAACACACACACACCGACACACACUUCUCGACUACACUCAAAACACAAACACCUCGUGCAUUUGGUCCCUCUGCUUUUUGUUUCCAAGGUGAGGAUGCCAACCUUGUGGAAAUGAUGCUUUGACUAACAAAUCUAUAACAUCUAUGAAUGUGGGAAUGCAACACAUUGCAAUAAAAGCACCAUCUGAAAUGCAA